AUGAAUACGGAGAAGCUGUGCACACACGUUUGCAUCAAUUAUCUACUUGAAGGUGGCGAAGAUCCGAAAAUUUUACCUGAUUCCGAGUAUCCUGAAUGGCUUUUUGAGCUGAGACUGGAACGAAGGAAAGAGCUGGAAGAUCUGGAUCCCGAAGUGGAUGGAUGGUUGUAUUGGCGAGCAUACAGAAUAGUAAAUAUUUUCUUGACCGUUUGA